AUGCCGCGGCGCCCACUCGAAAGGCUAUUGCGAUGUCGAAGUGUUUCUUUGAUAUUUCUAUCGGUGGUCAGACUUUACUCUGAUGUUCCCAAAACUGCCCGAAACUUCCUUGAACUUUGCACUCAUAAAAAUGGCUUCGGAUAUAAAGGCUCCACUUUUCAUCGCAUAAUUCCAGACUUCAUGUGCCAAGGUGGUGAUUUCACAAAUCACAAUGGCACUGGUGGCAAGAGUAUCUAUGGCAAAAAGUUUGAAGAUGAAAAUUUCAAUCAUAAGCACGAUAAGCCAUAUUUGCUAUCAAUGGCCAAUGCUGGUCCCAAUACUAAUGGGUCACAGUUCUUUAUUACUGUUGCCAAGACCUCUUGGCUUGAUGGCAAGCACGUUGUCUUCGGUGAGGUUGUAGAGGGACAGGACGUUGUUAAAGCAAUGGAGAACGUCGGAUCUAAAUCUGGCGCAACGGAUAUGGAAGUCAAAAUCGAAGAUUGUGGUGAAUGUUAG